AUGGGGAAGAAGUUCGGGAUGGAGAAGAUGUUUGGAAUGGAGAAGAAUCUACUAAGUAGGGAGAAGAAAUUAAGGAAGAAGAAGUUAAGGAAGGAGAAGAACUUUUGGAUGGAUAGGAAGGAGAAGAAGUUAGUGAAAGAGAGGAAGUUAAAGAAGGUGAAGAAGUUAAGGAUGGAGAAGAAGUUUGGAAUGGAGAAUAAUUUAAGUAUGGAGAAGAAAUCAAGGAGGAAGAAGAAGUUAAGGAAGGAGAAGAAGUUAUGGAUGGAGUACAAGUUAAGGAUGGAGAAGAAAUUUGGGAUGUUGAUGCAGAAGUUAAGGAAGGAGAAGAAGAAGUUAAGGAUGGAGAAUAAGUUAGGGAAGGAGAAGAAGUUAAGGAUGGGGAAUUAG